CCGGCAGUUCGUGCUUGGCAUUGGAAGAAAUAGUUUCGGCUCUAAAGCGUUGCGAAUCUUAAAUAGUAGAGCUUUAUUUAAAAAGAAAUGUCUAAUACAAAAAGCUUUAUCAAAAUGGGCCGAUACGUAGUGUUCGAUUGUGAUGUCGGCAACGAUGAUGCCUGGGGUCUGAUGAUGCUAAUCAGAGCUGAAGAAGCUUUUAAAAGACGUGUUGAACUAGCGGAUUCCCCAGCAAAGUUUGAAAUCAUUGGCGUAACAUGCGUGCAGGGAAACACCAAUGUCGACCAAGCAGUGAUAAACACACUCAGAGUGCUGAAAGCAGCUAAUAGAAACGAUUUACCCGUAUAUAAAGGUUGCAGUACACCAAUAAUACAAAAUCAUUGGGCGAACCCGGAAAAUUUUCAUGGAAAGGAUGGGUUCGGUGAAGUGCAGCAUGAAACACAUGUCAAUUUGGAUCUGGUGCGUCCGGAACAUGCGGUGAAUGCGAUGUAUGAUAUUGUUUGUAAGCAUCCGAAAAUGGUUGACUUCUUGUUGGUGGGUCCACUUACCAACUUUGCGAUGUGUAUCAAUAUGUAUGGUUCAGAGUUCUUAGAUAAAGUUGGUAAAAUUUAUAUUAUGGGCGGCAAUCAUAGAGCCAAAGGCAACAUAACUAAAAGUGCCGAGUUCAAUUUCAUGAUGGAUCCAGAGGCUGCACAUAUUGUUUUGGCUCAUGUGGAUUGUCCACUAACAAUACUUCCUUGGGAAACCUGUAUCGAUGGCGAUUUUGAUAUAACUCUUGACUGGCGCUUGAAUGUCCUCGGUUCGAUUCAGAGUCCUUUCAUCGAGUUGCUGAACCUUGUGGAACGUGCUAUUUUUAUACCCAAAGGUAUCGAACGUUGGCUGGUUUGUGAUGCUGUAGUCGUCGCAGCCUACCUUUUUCCACAUUUAACCGUGAAACAGAGUCGACCCUAUCACGCAACCGUUGAACUGACAGGCACUCACACACGUGGUCAAAUGGUUAUCGAUCACCUGAAACAGCAAAAGGAUAAUGUGAAUAUUAUUAUGGAAGUGGAUGGUGCCCAAUAUAAAAAUAUUAUUGCAUGGACCGCGGGGCUGGAAGGUAUAGAUUUGGAGUCGGAGUUAGGUAGAGUUUCGUAAUAUAAAUUUGACAUACAUACGAGUACAUACAAAAGAACUUUAUUUUCGUUUUGUACUUACAUAUAAAAUUGGUUCAAGAAUUGCUUUAUUGUUAAAUAAUAUACUUCAGUGGAC